AUGUUUCCGCCAUUCCGCAUCAUCGCCGUUUGUGCCUUUUUCGUUCAAGUCGAGGCAGUCUACCGCAUCGACAAUGCAGAUCACAUCCGAGAGUCCGCACGCAGCCUCGCCUACGACCUCAUGCUCUUCUACCAAGGAAACAAGACGGGUCAGAUCCCCGGCAUCCUGCCCGGCCCGCCGACCGAAGGCAAAGGGGACUAUUACUGGUGGGAAGGAGGUGCAAUGAUGGGCACUUAUGUGGACUACUGGCAUUUGACGGGCGAUUCGAGCUACAAUUCAGUGGUGAUGGAAGGCAUGCUACACCAGGUUGGCGAGAACGAAAACUACAUGCCCAAGAACCACACGGCUUCCCUUGGAAACGACGAUCAGGGCUUCUGGGGCAUGUCGGCCAUGUUGGCUGCAGAAACGAAAUUCCCAAACCCCCUUGCGGAUAAACCGCAGUGGCUGGCUCUGGCGCAAGCUGUUUGGAACACUCAGGCUGAUCCGAGUCGCCACGAUGAGACUUGUAAUGGUGGACUGAGGUGGCAGAUUCCCUUUUCCAAUGCUGGAUACAACUACAAGAACACAAUUGCCAAUGGAUGCUUCUUCAACCUCGGAGCCCGACUAGCCCGAUAUACGAACAACGACACGUAUGCGAAGCACGCCGAAGACACUUGGAACUGGCUUUGGGGAGUGAAAUACAUCGAUCACGAUAGCUGGAUCGUGUACGACGGCGCACAUGUCGAAAAGAACUGCACCGACAUCAAUCCCGCCGCAUUCUCCUACAACGCAGCUGUCCUCACCCAGGGAGCUGCCUUUAUGUACAAUUAUACCAAUGGCUCGGAAGUCUGGAAAUAUCGCGUCGACAGGCUCCUCGAUGCCCUCUUGGAGAGGUUCUUCCCAGACGGCAUCGCGUUUGAGGCUGCCUGCGAGCCGCGACCAGGUGCAUGCAGCACAGACAUGCUCUCCUUCAAAGGAUACGUGCACCGCUGGCUAUCCGUCGUCACGCAGAUUGCGCCUCACACGCAGUCCAAAAUCCUGCCCAUACUGCGAAAGUCAACAGAGGCCGCUGUCAAGCAGUGCACGGGAGGCGAGUCAGGCCGACGAUGCGGCUUCUACUGGAGUUCCAAGAAGUUCUUCGAACCGACGACAGUCGACCAUACCAGCGGUGCCGGCGAAGCCAUGAAUGUCCUGGCUGCAGUCUCGAGUCUCCUCAUCACGGAAGCAAGACCGCCAGUCACCAAUUCGACGGGCGGCAUCUCCAAGGGAAAUCCAAAUGCGGGCCAUGGAGGAGACAAUGGAGAGAUAGAGCCGGAACCGAUUCAUGCCGGAGACAGAGCGGGAGCAGUGGUCUUGACGCUGGUGAUUAUAUGCAGCGCGACAGGCGCUUUCGUUUGGAUGAGCUUGGGUUGA